AUGUUCUUUAGCUGUGGAAACCCAUUCAAGGCUCUGCUUCCAAAGAAGAACAAUGCAUGCAUGUCCUCACAUCUUGUCUCUCUAUUGAACAACUUCGAGACAAGUUUGAGGGUAUCGAUUGCAGAACUUGUACCAAAGGAUGAUGAUAAGAAUGGUUAUAUCACUGUUUCUUGGAUGAUUCAAGCAAUGCACUCUCUUUGUGAGACACACCAGGCUAUCUCGACACUCAUGACCACCGAUGUAGACCUUCCUGUAUCCGACAUGGAAGAAAGUAUGUACGCUGACAUCAGUUCGAAGCUGCUUGAAUUUUGCAACGCCUUCACCUCGGAGAUGGCCCGGCUUAACCACGGAAACAUGUUACUCAAGUCUGCUUUUAGUGAUCCUGAUGAGGUUUCUUUAUGGCAUAUCGACUGUUGGAGGCAGCACAUGGCUUCCAAGAACCCUAGAAUCGAAAACUGCGGUGAGGUUUUGAGUAGUCUUGUUGAAUCCAUGAAUGAUGAUCAUGAUCUUCGUGGUCUCAAGAAGAAGGUGAAUAAGAAGAAGAAGAAACAAUACGAAGAAGAAAAAGUUCUCAUGCGAGCUCUAUAUGGUGUUAAGGCCAAGACUUUAUACAUAUUCAGCGUGUUUGCUGCAGCGUUUUCUGGUUCUUCCGAGAAUAUUUUGUAUAUAAACAUUCGAAAGGAGAUGAAGGAGGACGAGGAGGAGGUUCCAUGGGAAAAAGCAUUCAUGGAACUGCAGAACGUGAUCAUGAACACGUUCUUAUCGAACAGAUUCAUGGUUAUAAAAGAUGUUAAGGCUGUUGAAUCUGGUGUGGAGAUGGUUUACGCGGCGGUUCAAGAAGGCUCAGUUCCUAAUUCGUUGAUGGUGGAGCCACUGAAGCAAUCAGUGAUGGUACUUUCAGAAAGGUUUGAUCAUGUCUCCAAGGAAACGAGUUGCUUGUUCGAUACCGUGAACUCCGCUCGAGACGCAUUGUUCGAGAGGCUCAGAACCAAAUACGAAUAUGAGCUAGCUGAGAGUAACGUUGCUGAAUGCAGAUGAUCAUGUUAAGACUUGUUUGUGAGUAGUGU